GCAGAGCGGACACACCCACUGACAUCCAGACUACAUACCUAAACUCUUGGGGGGCCACAGUGCUAUAGGUAGACCCCGCAAGCGACCUCCAGCUGCCUGGCAAGGCUGCACCUUUCCCCCUCCCCGUUGAAGUGCACCCCAGAGGAGUUCGUUAGGCAUGCAAUAGCAAGUAGCCUUGUGGUCGGUCAAUCUGAUCAAAUCCAACAACAAACGCACCUUUUAUUUUCAGAUCACCGCUGGACAACAUCAAGAGCCUAUUUACUCGGAAGUCAUUGCAUGCUGCCCGAGUAGGCUAGUGAACAGCCAUGGAGAAUCAACUUCUCUCAUCACAGAAGUCUUCGGAUUCAGGACUCCAAGCUGUGCUUCACCCGCUAGUCCUCCUCACCAUCUCCGAUUACAUCACCAGGCACACCCUCAGGGAGCAGACUGGUGUGAUUGCAGGGGCUUUGCUAGGACAGCAGAACGGCCGAGAAGUCACCAUUGAGCAUGCUUUCGAGUGCGCCACAAAGGUUCAAGAGGGAAAUGCCAUCCUGGACCCAGCCUGGUUCUCACAGAGACUCGACCAGAUGCGGACAAUACACAAAUCGCCACAGCUUGACCUAGUCGGCUGGUACACACUGCUUCCCAAAAGCGGCCCGAAUGCCUCCAUCCUUCCCAUUCACAACUUCAUCCUCUCGGAACACAACGAAUCCUCUUUGCUGCUGGCCUUCCACCCUGAGUCGGCCGUCAAUCAGUCAGUUGGCAGCAGGCUGCCUUUGACCAUAUAUGAGAGCAAUUAUGAGGUUGACGAACCUAGGACCGAACAAAGCGGCGAGGACAAGGAGAUGAAGGACACUGAUGCCCCACUCAAGCUCAAGUUCAGAGAGCUGCCGUAUUCGGUCGAGACUGGCGAGGCAGAGAUGAUUAGCAUGGACUUUGUCGCUCGCGGCGCCGGAAAUGCGACCUUGGUCAAGCCAGCUGAGCCUAAGAAGCUCAAAGAAGUGCUUCAAGAGGUGGAGGGCAAGGGCAAAGGACGGGCUGCCGACGUCAAGAAGGAGCAACAGGAUACCGCACAGGCAUUCGACGAGCACAUACUAUCGAGAGAAGACGAGGAACUCAUUGCGUCCCUCACGGCCAAAGCCAAUGCCAUCAAGAUGCUGCAGGCUCGGAUCAAGCUGCUUAUCACAUACCUUGAGCGGCUUCCGCCCUCUGCUCUAUCUGUGGCCAACAACCCCACUAUAGCAGACCGGGAAUUAGACUCACACUCGACACCGUCGCAUACUAUUCUGCGAUCCACGCAAGCUCUCGUCAAUCGGUUGGCUCUCUUGGUGCCCUCUGCAACAACAGCGUUCGAGCAGCAAAUGCUCAGCGAGGCCAACGAUGUUCAUCUGGUUUCUUUGUUGAAUGAGGUCAUGCAAAGCGCUAUUGGCAUCAGAGACAUCGGUAAGAAACAUCAUGCUGUGGAGUCUUCCAGGAAGGAUAAAAGAAACCCUUUGAGCAGCCUGAAUCUUGAUUCCUUCGGCACAUCAGGAGCUGGAGUUCUUGACCUCUAGGGGGGGAAGGGACCUCCGGCGCAGCGCUUCCACCAGCGUUUGCAUGAAGAAGGUACUUGGUAGUUGUAACAGAGACAGAAACAUUUUGCAUUGGCACGGCGAAUCCGGCGUUAAAUUCAGCGCAACGAGCAGCUGGAUAUUUGAUAAGCACAAAUACUUCUGCGGCAAUACAUAGAAGCGACCAUAGACAGAUGAUAAUGAGCAUCAUGAACGAAUG